AUGCCCCCCAAAACCCGCUCCGCGAAGAUACCAUGGUACCAGCUCAGCAUCGUGGUAACAAAGCGGCGCGCAGGAGAUCCGCAUUCCUGGAUCCUAAUCCUCGGCGAAGAAGGGAGUACAUUGAAUUUUCGAUUCUGGCACAUCACCAGUACCGGUAGCCCCGACGGCUAUAGCGUCAGGUACACAGAAGCACCCAUGGACGCGUGUUUCAUCACGCGCUUUUUCGGCGCCGUCCAUGCUGUGUGUCGUGUGCCUGCGACGGGCAUUAACCAGUUCUGUAUUGCGGUUGAUAGGGCGACUGAGCAAUAUAGCUGUCGCUGGGUUACGGCGUUGCUGAUGGAUUUGUUUGAGUGGCAGUGGGUUUCGAAGGUGAAGGCUGAGAGGUUGCAGAGGGAGAUUGUACCUGGGCCGUUGGAGCCUGGGGAUGGGGAGGGAAAUGUACAAGCGAGUUAUGAUAGUUAUGCUAGUGUGGAAUGGGAGGAUUGUUUGUAA